AAGACCGUCAUGACAGUAGGUUGUACGCGAUACGUUCAACAUUACAAUUCCUGCGCAAGCAAUAAGACCAGCCCUCGACCACUGACCGCAAUUCUUCCGAGCGUGUUUGCCGUUUGCUAAAAGUAUGCAUUUUUGCGUUUAAAGUAACGAUACACGAUGAGGAAAGGCUGAUACAAUAGUGCACAGGCUCUACGAGCGCCUGGUUGCGGUUUAAGCACUGGGCAGGCGCCCCGCCUGCCCACAAAUCGGCGAGGUAGCUCGGCAAGAUGUCGAAACCAAUAUUGGCUCGGUACGUGCCGCAGCUGCCGGAUGGCUGGGUCAAGUGCCCACGCUUUGGGGAUCCGCGCUUCUUUGAGGGCCUCAACAUUAUCCCCUGCAAAGUCCCGCUGGGGCGGCACUUCGACCAGCAGACUGGCGCCAGCGGGAGGUGGACGCUCGCAGACGCCAUCCGGCAGUUCCGGGGCUACGGCAUGGAGGUGGCGACGGUGAUCGACCUGACCAAGAGCCGCAACUACUACCACAUUGGCAAGGAGAUGGACGAGCUGGCUGGAAUGCACCUGCCCACUGACAUCAACUACGUAAAGAUCGAGUGCCGCGGGCGCGGCGAGUCGCCCCGGCCGGCGGAGGUGAACGAGGCGGUGUGGCACAUCUUCAUCCACUCGGUGACGCCGGAGCUGCAGAACAAGUACAUCCUGCUGCAUUGCACACACGGCUUCAACCGCACGGGCUUUGUGAUUGUGUCGGCUCUGAUGCGGCUGCGCAAGGACCGCGGGCUGUCGGUGCGGCGGGCGCUGCAGCGCUUCGCCGCCGCCCGGCCGCCCGGCAUCUACAAGGACGCCUACAUCAACGACCUGUUCAAGUACUACCACGAGACGCGCGAGCCGCGGGUGCUGACGCCGCGGGUGCCGGCCUGGAAGGGCAACGACGACGCCGAGGACGCGGCGGAUGCGGCCAACGAAGACGCCGGCACGGAGGAGGACGGCGGCGCGGCAGCCCCGCCGGCCAAGGAGAUUCACCACGAGGACAUCUGGAGCAUCGGCGAGCGCGUGUGCGGCGAGGAGGCAGAGUGGAUCAAAAUGCAGGUGUGCGGGCUGCUGCGGCUGGACAGCGGCGGGCGCGGCGGCAGCCUGCGCUUCCCGGGCAUGCAGCCUGUCAGCCUCAGCCUGGAGCGCAUGGCGGACCUGGCGGCGCACAGGUACCACGUGACCUGGAAGGCGGACGGCACGCGCUACAUGAUGCUGCUGCUGCCGCAGGGCACCUACAUCAUGGAUCGCUCCUUCAACGUGGUGCGCUGCGAGAUGCGCUUCCCAUGCGGCAGCAAGCGGCCUCCUCCCGGCCAGAAGGCGGCCUACCCGGUGGGCCGGCCGCACAACCUGACCCUGCUGGACGGCGAGAUGGUGGUGGACGUGGACCCCACGGGCCAGGCGCCGCCGCGGCUGCGCUACCUCAUCUAUGACGUGUGCAUGAUCAAUGCCACACCGCUGCUGCAGAAGCCCUGGAAGGAGCGCUACCGCGCCAUUGACAGCGACAUCGUCAAGCCGCGAACCACGGAGCGAGCCUACAUAGACGAUUGGCGCAGGCCGGGGCGGGGGGCCUGGGACCCCGCGCGGGCCGAGUACCUGUCGCCGCCGCUGCAGUACGACUACGCGGCAGAGGCCUUCAGUGUGCGGCAGAAGCCCUUCUGGCCCGUGCACCAGAUCGACAAGGUGUUUGAGCGCUUCCACGACCCGCACAAGGUCGGCCACGAGAGCGACGGACUCAUCCUGCAGGGCUACGAGCACCAGUAUGUGCCCGGCACCUGCGAGCUGCUGUACAAAUGGAAGUUCGCACACAUGAACAGCGUCGACUUCAAACUGCGCUGCGCCACCGUGCCGGACCCGGAGGCGGCGGCAGACCCGGCCAGCGGGCGGCGGCCGGUGAUGCUGGACCCGGCCCACCCAGCGCCCCUCACGCUGUACCUGCUGGACCAGAACAAAACCCGCGGGAGCAACAUCGUGGACGUGCCGCUGGAGCGAAUCGACCCGCACGGCAACUUCCACGUGGAGUUCCCGCCCGGUGUGGACCCGCUGGACUACGACGGCAAGCUGUGCGAGUGCACCUUUGACCGCGAGCGCGGCGUGUGGCUGUUCAUGCGCGAGCGCAAGGACAAGGACACCGCCAACGGCUCACGGGUCUACCUGCGGAUCAAGGAGUCCAUCAUCAACCACGUGGACCAGGACCUGCUGGUGGGGACACUCAAGGACAGCCUGAUCAACAGGCCGGAGUACGCCUCGGACCGCGCGCACCUAGGCCCGGCGGAGCUUGAGGUGCUGCGGCGGGAUGUGGAGGCGUGGCGGGAACGGCAGCACAUGCAGUACGAGCAGCAGCAGAUGCAGCAGCACCACCCGCCGCCGCCGGGGCACGGCCGCGGAGCAGGAGCAGGCGGCGCCGGGCAGCGCGGCAACGGGCACGCGGCCGCAGGUGCUGGCGGCGGCGCAGGGGCGGCUUAUGGCGAGGGAGAGGACGGGCCGCAGCCUCUGUCGCCGCCGGGAGGCGACCCGCACGGCAACGACGACGACUACCACGGCGGAGACAACGACGGCGGCACGUACAAGGUGUCUGACGCAGACGACGGCGCGAGAGCGGCGCUCAAGCGAAAGCGCGACCCGGGAGACGGGGAAGGCGGGGAGGGCGGGCACGGGGAGGACGGGCACGGGGGCGUGCCGCGUGGGCGGACCACGGUGUGGGGCCCCGAGAUUGACGAGCCGCACGAGCACUGCCCCGCCUAUGAGGGUUUCGGUUUCUAAGGAGUUCUUACGAGUUUCUAUGGCGCUUCUAAGGACUGGCGGGCGGGGCCGGAGGCAAUGUGUGCACGGGUCGUGUUGCUGCUGUGCCUGAGUCGCGGCAGCAGCGCGAUAAGCCACGUGGGCCUGGGACAUGAUGAUGGGAAGAUGCAUGUCGGCGCUGGAAGGCUUCGCAACGACAACAUCUCCGGGUGCAUUGGCCUUCGCUAUAUAUGGCAUUUGCAGGACGGGCGUCUUGCACGUGUUGCCGGGUUGGAAGCAGGGGCAGUCAAUGAGGAGCGACGUGAAUCGGGAAAUCGGACUUCGAAACGACUAUGGAGGUCCAAGAGCGAAGGGCUGAGGCCGGGUGGGUUUCAGCAACGAGUGAGCCACGGACCAACACAACCGUGGUGUGUGCAGGCGCUUGUUGUCAGGCGACGAUGGGCCAGGCCAAGUGGAUAGGAGGGUGUGAUGGACAAGGGUAAGGGGCUAGUUUACGUAUAGUCCUGUAGGAGCCACGGUGUUGGCGCGCUUGGCCGCCGCGGAGGAUCCUAAGGCCGCCCUGGAUUGCGCAUGGGGGGCGGCCGAUGGCGGUGCGGCGCCUGCGGCCAACACGUGGAUCCGUACCGUGUAGAAGCACACGCAGGGCCGUGAGCCGUGACUGCUGAUGGCUGCUGAUGGCUGCAAGGGGCUCGGGGCGUUGCAAGGCGUGGGGCCGUGGCGUUGCAGUUUCGCGGCCAAGCAAGCCCGUUAGCCCGGCAAGCCGGUAGUCAGGGAUGCUACGGAUCAGCGUAGGCCCC